GGUACUUGAUGUGCUGACAAAGUACCUAUUAAUGUCAUGCUCACGUGUGAUUUCAGUUGCCAUUAGCUGCUAACCACGCCUUAUCAUGCCUGUUAUGGCUCAGCUUGAAAAGGGUAACUGAAUUUACAGAUUUGUUACGAUUGAUGAUCAACGAUCAGCGAUCAGCAAUUAAAGAUCGAGCGAUCAAACCUUUUCAGCCCGUCUGUCCGUUAAUCGUCAAUAGCGUUAAUAGCGUGGUUUACUAUCUAAUUUGUGCAACCUGAAGUCGCGCUUAUAACGAUUAGAACCUUGAGCUUAUUGAGCCUUGGGGCUUUAGCUCUAACUUUCAUGGCACACUAGUAAUUACUGUGAAACCGAAACUCUGGUUCCCCACGAAAAUACCUUGAUUCGACCUUGAUUCUACCUGGAUUCGUUACCUUAAUUCGAAUUUAUUCAAACACAUCUCAGUCCGGCAUAACCCGCACUAGGUAAACAUGAGGAAGCUUCGUGAUGAGCCGACGAUAGUAGCGGCGGCGGUGCCGUUUGGAAGAGAAACGCGCCAAGCUUAUUUCAACUUUGCCGCUUCCUACAUUCCACUGAAUCAUGGUUCGUUCGGCGCAUUCCCAUCGUGCGUUCGAGAUUAUCAACGGAGAUUACAGUGCGAAACAGAAGCUAGACCGGACACGUUCAUUCGGUUCACCUAUCCUAGACUUUUACGUGAAGCAAGGGACGUCGUCGCGCCGCUUCUGGGAGCAGAAACGGACGAAGUCGUUUUUGUGCCGAAUGCUCUUACGGCAGUCAACACCGUCCUGAGAAAUCUGACGUAUCAGGAUGGCGAUGUCAUACUCUAUUUCAGUACUAUUUAUGAUGCCUGUCUCAAGACCAUAGAGUCUUUAGAGGAAACUACCCGGGUUAGAGGACACAGCAUCGAGUUGGUCUACCCGAUUGAGAAUGACGAGAUCCUUGAUAGAUUUCGUGCGGCCAUCACCGAGAUUCAGAAUCAGGGAAGGUCGGUCAAGUUGGCUAUGUUUGAUACUAUCCUCACUUUCCCAGGCGUGCGUUUCCCUUGGGAAGAUUUAGUGUCCGUGUGUAAAGAGUAUGGCAUUUUAAGCUGCAUCGAUGGUGCACAUGGAAUAGGUCAUAUCGACCUGCGUCAUCUUUCCCGCGUCGGGCCAGAUUUCUUCAUCAGUAACUGCUACAAAUGGUUCAUGGUACCUCGUGGAUGCGCGGUAUUGUAUGUGCCUUAUCGUAACCAGGCCUUAAUUAGGACGACCUAUCCUACAGCAGAAGGGUAUCAACCGACAGCCCAGCGGGAGAUGCAAUCUCAAAGAAGUUAUUUUGUUAACUUAUUUGAGAAGGUCUCUACGAUAGAUACUACGCCAUACAUCUGUGUCAUAGAAGCAUCGAAGUUCCGAGAGCAGGUUUGCGGGGGUGAAAAGAGAAUAUGUGACUACUGUAUAAAUAUGGCAAAGGAAGGUGGUGAGUUAAUGGCGACGAUUCUGGGGACGGAUGUCCUUGAGAACAACACAGGUACACUUCGAAGUUGCUGUUUCACCAACGUGAGACUUCCUUUAGAAGUUACAGAAGAACCAGGAGAGGGGAGGCAUAUUGGUAGGGUGCCUGUAACGGAAGCGAAAGCAGUGGCUGACUGGAUUACCAUAAAGUCGGUAGAGGAGUUCGACACUUUCAUAGCGACGAGAUACUAUGCAGGCGCAUUCUGGGUUAGGAUUUCUAGUCAGAUUUACCUUGACCGAGCUGAUUUCGAGUGGGCUGCCCAUGUCCUACUUGAUCUCUGUAAUCGGGUAAGAAAAGGUAUACGAUAGACAUAGAACUAGACGAUACCUUUGGGUAUAGAGUUUUGAGAAUCUCUUGAGUGGAAAUAAGAGCAGGAACGAGUAGUCAAAUUUGAAUACAAAACUGAUUCCGGGAUACAGCGGGUCGACAUUAUAAGACUCAUACAAAGCUUCC